CGUAGGCUAAUUUUAUAUUGGAGGACAUAACAUUGCCACACAUAAUAAAAUGGUGUAAAAUUGCAAUAGCCUAUGGGGGAAAUUACUUCGAAUACAUGUUAUUGAAUUUUGGUUCUGGGGCUGCCUGCCCAUUAGCCCACUCAAAAAGGAGUUUCAUUGAUCUGGGUCGUUUCUCCUUUCCCGGUCUCACUCUCGCCCCACGGCAGGGCGAUGAGCCUGACUGGAAAUCGUCUCCUGAGCUGAUGAUAGAAGCUGCUGAUGAUAAAAGCCACUGUCUUCAGCCCUACAACCAGAGACUUAACAUGAAUUUGGCAUUUCUUGCUCUAACAGCCGCGCUUUUGGCUGUAAAUAGCGGCUUAUGUUAUUCUAGCAGCGUCCCGUCAUUCAUCCUGCCGUUCACUGACUGCGUCCAGAGCCGUGGGAAAGACGGUUUCUACGGGGGAGCGAUAAACGUCACGGAGUCCGGCAGCCGGUGUAUGAACUGGACCGAAGUGACCGGCUUCAAGGAACGCUAUCCGGGAAAAGGAAUAGGAGAGCACAAUCACUGUCGCAACCCUGACGGCAGAAUCCGACCCUGGUGCUUUUUUAUGAACCACAAAGGCAGAGUGGACUGGGGGUACUGCGACUGUAAACAAGGCUCUGUGCGUCUGCAAGGAGGCCGCACCAAGCUAGAUGGCAGGGUGGAAGUCUAUCUGGGAGGAGUGUGGGGGUCUGUCUGUAGUGAUGACUGGGGUGACGAAGACGCUGCAGUGGUUUGCAGACAGCUGGGCAAGGGGAUCUCAGGUUGUGCACGUGUAGUUCCCCUGUUUCAUCCAAGCAUGGCGAAGCUCCAUUGGAGGGCAGUCCAUUGCCAAGGAGAGGAGCCAGACCUGCUCCAGUGUCCUAAGACUACCUGGAAUGGAGGGGAAUGUUCUCUGGCUGCAGCCAUCACUUGCACACAGCAGCAAGUGGUCGUGGCGCUCCCAAUACGGCUGGCGGGAGGUCGAUUAGGGUCAGAGGGCACAGUGGAGGUCUUCCAUGCAGGGCAGUGGGGUUCCAUAUGUGACGACCAAUGGGACGACAGUGAUGCUGAGGUGGUGUGUCGACAACUGGGGCUGAGCGGUGUGGCGAGGGCAUGGGGCCAGGCACAUUUUGGCAAGGGUUCAGGCCGUGUGUGGCUGGACGAGGUGCGUUGCACAGGCAAUGAGCUCACCCUGGAGCAAUGUCCAAAAAGUCCCUGGGGGGAACACAACUGUCUGCAUUCUGAGGAUGCAGGAGUGUCCUGCAACCCUCUUACAGAUGGCUCCGUUAGGUUGGUUGGGAGCGCAAGCAGCUAUGAGGGACGUUUAGAAGUAUUUUACCGUGGUCAGUGGGGGACAGUGUGUGAUGACGGCUGGACAGACUCUAACACACAAGUGGUGUGCCGACAGCUCGGUUACAGAUUAGGUGAGACUGUCCUUUACGAAGGACUAGACAUCACUCCAGUCCCACGCUUCGGGGUGGGGUCAGGUCCCAUUCUUUUGGAUGAUGUGAGCUGCACAGGGAAAGAGCCUAGCCUAUUAGUGUGCAACAGGAAGGAGUGGCUCCGUCAUGACUGCACACACCAUGAAGAUGUUAACAUCGCUUGCAGCCCUGAUCGCAAUGGAGUUAGUCUUCCAACGAGUGUUCCAGUAAGACUUGUGGGAGGAGAGAGCCCUAGGGAAGGUCGAGUGGAGCUCCAUCUGUCUGGACAAUGGGGGACCGUGUGUGAUGACGGAUGGUCUGAUCAUGAUGCUGAGGUGGUGUGCCGACAGUUGGGUUACAGUGGGGUGGCAAAGGCCCGUGUAAUGGCGUACUUCGGGGAAGGCACAGGGCCCAUCCACGUUGACAAUGUGAAGUGCAGCGGCGAGGAGCGUUCGUUAGCAGACUGUAUCAAACAGGCACCCGGCACGCACAACUGUCGCCAUAGUGAGGACGCUGGGGUCAUCUGUGACUAUGGUGAAGCACAACCCAGCUACAAAGAGGUGAAAGAUCCUGUCAACUCAAUUUGUGGUUUGCGGCUCAUACACACUCGCCAGCGGCGAAUCAUAGGAGGAGAAAAUUCUCUGAGGGGUGGCUGGCCAUGGCAGGCUGCAGUUCGUUUGCGAGGAUCUCGAGGAGACGGGAGGUUGGUGUGUGGAGCGACUCUCAUUGACACCUGCUGGGUCCUCACCUCAGCACACUGCUUCAAGAGGUAUGGAAACAGUACCAAGCAGUAUAAAGUUAGAGUGGGCGACUACCACUCCCUCGUCCCUGAGGAAUACGAAGAGGAGUACGGCGUUGAUCAGAUUGUCAUCCACCCAAGCUACCACUCCCAUAGCAACGAUUACGACCUUGCCUUGGUUCGUCUGUCACCUGGGGCAGUGGGUCAGAUGCCGGGAGAGUGUGUGUCAUUCAGCCGUCAUGUUCUUCCAGCCUGUCUACCCAUGAGGAAAGAGAGAGUGCUCAAGCAAGCCAGCAACUGUCACAUUACCGGCUGGGGUGAUACGGGUCGCUCAUACUCCAAAACCCUACAACAGGCACCCCUCUCCCUACUUCCCCGUCGUCAUUGCCUGCAGUAUUUCCACAGUGCCUUCACAAGCCGCAUGCUCUGUGCCGGCAGCAUCCAGUCGGAGAGGCGUGUCGACAGUUGCCGUGGUGACAGUGGAGGUCCGUUGGUGUGUGAGCGUCCGGGAGGGGGUUGGGUAGUUUACGGGGUCACGUCCUGGGGUCAUGCCUGUCGGACACAGCAGUCCCCUGGCGUCUACACCAAAGUCUCUGCCUUCAGCUCCUGGAUACGCAAGGUGAUUGGACGUGAUGACAGAAAAGAAAAAAAGACGAUGAAAGGUGAAUGACAAAUUGGACCUCUCAGAAAGAAUGACACUCGAGACUUACUCGAUUGGUCAGGUCACAGCUGACACAACAAUGUAUUUCGGUCAUGAUGUCAUGAUGUUAUGACCUCAUUGUCCAGUGAUGUAAGUUACAACCUGACUUUUAAAUGGAGAGCACAAGGCAACGCUGGACUUUUUCUACUUAGAAACCUUUACAUAUUUUUUAGAGAGAGGAAUGCUUGUCUGUCUUUUCUCUCAUCUAAGUUAUAAGCACUUAUUUUUAUUGAUUUCUUAUCCUCUUGAGCUGCAAUAUUUUAGAUGGCGUUAAAUCUCAACUCAAGAAAAUGCAACUAUGUAACUUAAAUAUCGUUUUGUUGUUUCUUGUGACAUUGCAUACUACACUAAAAUGUGUAUUCCCCCCCCCCCCCCCCCCCCAAAUGUUUUCUGUGCUUGCUUUUGAUAUAAAAAUUAUAUUGUAAUUUAUAAUAUGAAAUAUGUGAUUAAAAAUGUUGAAAAGGGACCACAGUAAAAAUGUUUUAAUAAUCAUACAGUAUAAAUGUAUGCACUCAUGCGUACACAGUAAGUAAUGGCAUGAUAUGAACCCCACUUUUAGGUUAAUGCAUAAUAAUCGGUGAUUUUGUGUUAAGCAUUCUAGUCAUAUUGACAUUAGCAAAACUGAAAUAUGUCUUUUAACCUCAUUUCCUUAAUGUUUAUGUAUUGUGUCUCUCUUGUGCUCAUUGUUUUGCUGUGUAAAAAGCAGAUAUCAGGUCUUAGUAAUUACUCAGGCAUUCAUAAUUUACAUCCAAUCAGUAUUUGACCGUGUCUCAGUGCUGCUGGACAUUUGCAGAGAGAAUAAAGUGUUUCUGAAUCAAAGCACAUAAUAGCAAGUGUUGAUUUGUCAUUUUGACACUGCUAAUUCAUGUUCUUUUGUUAAGUGUUGUUGAGAUUUUGACAACACUGAAUGGAGACAAUCUGGCACACUUGAAAAAACUACACUGCCUUGUUAUUUGGUGUUUAAUGACUGUGUUAUGUUUUUUUAUGUACUGUAACAUUUCUUUAUAAAUAACAUUUUGUAAAAAAAAGUGAUUUAUUUUUGUGUCUUUAAGAGAGUUUUAAAAUUUGAGUCCCAAUUUCCAUAGUCUGUUUAUGUAAAAACAUGUUGGUGUCACUGUAUAUACUUUCUAAGUGGUUGUUGCACGUUAUGUUACACAAUCUGCAAUUCCCACACAUCUGAAAUGUGACAACAGCUGGAAAACAAAAGAGGUCUUUCAAGUUUGUUUCUGACUGCAAACUGUCAAAAUGAACACCACUAUGUCAGACAAUGUGUAUGCACACAGACUCGCACACAGUGUCACUGGUUUGUCACACUGUCUGCAGGAAUGGCAGCCAUUUUCUGAGUUGUCCUCAUUUACAAGGCAAACACGUAACGUUGACUCAACACCCAUUUAAGAACUGGGACCAACUGCUACAGUCAAAUCUUGGCAACAUAAAUACAAAUAUUCUCAAUUAAUUUAGUUUUUGAACAGUUAUUGUUAUUUAAUUUGCUCCUUGUAUCAAAACACUUUAUUUUAAUGCAUUUACUGUAUGUUCUUUUCUAUUUAUAAGCCAAAAAAUAGCACCACCUUGUGGGUAACUCAUUACGUUAAACUGUAUUGCAUAAUUAUGUAUGGGGGGGAAAUUUUAAUUGCAAUUGCACAUCUUUUGCUGUAUAAUUAAAAUGUGUAUUUGUUUCCUUUGUAAG